AUGCCGUUCAAAGUUGUUCAAACCUUGGAGGGAAAGAAAUAUAAAUUAUUUACUAUUCCAUCGGGUUGGGAAUCUAACAAUAUUCUCAGAUAUCCAAAUAAAUGCAUAUCAAAGUAUUUAAAAGAUGAAAAUUCAACACCAACGCUAGACUGGGACGUAAUAAAAUGUAAAGUAAAACGGACCGAUGUAUUAAGCUACGAAAACGGAGAAAAGCUUGUAUCUGAAAUGCUGAAGCACAGUGAUACGGAGGACGAUGUCGAUAAUUAUACGCAGCGGCGACGUUCACAUAACAAAUCUUUAAAUCUGAAUCCAAUAGCACAAGAUAUGAUGGGCAAUGUUGUUUUGACUAACCGUAACACAGACAUAGCGUCAUCGUCCGCUGACUUGCCGAUUGAAUUAAACUAUAACUUAGUUUAUACCGAGGAUAUUCAAGCAAAUUCAACAAAUACAUCUCAAGUCUUUUCAAAUGAUACUACACCUUUAGUACAGGAUUCAGUGUCUGCUUUGUCUGUGCAAAUGGAAGACGCAGUAUUUCAAAUAACUUCAUCGUAUAAUCAAGACGUGCAAACUUUAAAUAGCAGCAAAGGCCAUGUUGAAAAUAUUCCAAUAUAUGAAAAGCCAGUUGACAGCGCCCAGGAGUUAGAUGAACUCGAAAAUCAGUUAUCGGACCCAAACAAUAGACUGUUUGAAAAAUAG